UUUAUAUUGUGCAGUGUGUUAAAUCAAAUCAAGCAGGAACUAAGAGCCGAAACAUAUCAGUCAUUUCCUCAUUACUGAGGGUUGUGGGUUGUGUUUCUCUGAACUGUUUGACCUGACACAGUUUUUUUUUUUUUUCACACAAAUGAGCAUAAAGUGAAUAUCAGCUGAGACGUUUCCUGCACAGAGGAUUUCAUCUGAACGACCUUUAUUUCAGCUGCACAGUAAAGGAAGACGGUUACAGAGGCACAAUGUCUUUGGGACGAAACUCCAGCAAUGAUACCUGUGAGAUUGAUGAUAGAGACCUGUCACUCUUCUUGCCCAUCAGCUACAGCAUCAUUUGCUGUUUUGGGCUCCUCAGCAACACCUUCAGCAUCUUUGUUUUCUUCGUGCGACGCCAUGGCGAUAGCUCCAUGGCGGUGUAUAUGCGUCACCUGACGCUGGCUGACUCGCUCUUGGUCAUGAGUUUGCCCCUGAGGAUCUACUACCAUAACAAGCAGGGCCCUUUCUUUCUGUGUAAAGUGGUGGGUGUUUUCUUCUACAUUAACAUGUAUGCCAGCAUCUCCUUCCUCAGUCUGAUCAGCCUGGACCGCUACCUGAAGAUCGUUAAGCCUGUCUGGGUCUUUCGGGUACAGAAGGUGCUGUGGAGCCGCAUAGCCAGCUUCAUCAUCUGGGCGGUUCUUUUCUUAGGAACCGGCAUGUUUUUUGUUAGUAACAAGCAUAAACACCCGUGUGACAAGAUCUGCUUCCAUUUUCACACUAAAGGGCUGUUAGCCAGCAGCGUCAACCUGUCUGUUGUGGCGCUCUUUUUUGGCUUGUUCCUUGUGUUCCUGGUUUUCUACGCUAAGAUUGCGUUAAAGCUCAAAACCGUAGAGAUAGGAAAAAGUGACCCGAAUUCACCGAACCAGAAGAAGAGACUGGUUCUGAAAACGUUCCUGGUGCCCGUGAUAUUCACGCUGUGCUUCCUGCCGUACCAUUUGGUCCGAGUGCCGUACGUUCUGGCUCAGAUGGACGUGAUCAAGGAAGUAGAUAGUAAGCAGCUGUUACACAUCUGGAAUGAAAGCACCCUGCUUCUAUCAGCGCUAAACAGCUGCCUGGACCCAAUCAUUUACUACUUCCUGUCCAGCAUAUACAGGAAGACGAUCCUAUGUGCCAUCCAGGGCAAGUUUAAAACCACGUAUGACCUGAACAGGAGACGGAUCAGUAUUAAUCGAUCCAUUACGGAAAUUUAGCUCAACGGACUUAAGGAAAUGUUUGUGAUAUUUCUGAUCUGUACAAUAUUUUAUUUUAAAUCCUGAUAUGUUUUUAGAGCAGGUAGAUUAUAUAAGUUAUGUAGAGGUUAUAUAGAUAUAACUUAUGGACUUAUGGACCUUUCCCUGUGAUUCAGACCUGACCUUUUUCUCUCGAGGUUCUGAUGACGUUUAGAUUUGACAUUUUUAAAAAUGCUUUUGUGCUAAAUUCUGCACUUUGUAGCGCUGUUGUAGUCUGUAAAUCUGUUGUGAUGAAAAUGAUCAGUAGGGUCGUGAUGACUGCAGCAUUAUCAUCAAAAACCUCUUCUUGGGAAUUUACUGUACCACAGAAUGUGACAUGCUUCAUCUUUCAGUUUUUGUUUUUUCCUGUGGAUGAACAAGAGUCGAGCAGGUGUUCAGUCGACAGUCAUAUUAAUGUACAUUACUGUACAAAUGUGUAUAUAGACCUAUUUAUAGAUUUAUAGUAAUAUAUCAUGUUAUUGUAUAUUUGUUAUAUUCUGAUUGUUUUUUUAUGUUCUA